AUGUCUAGUGCUUCGAAGCUGACACUGGCGGCCACGGGCCUGGGGACUGCGGGUAUUGUCUGGUUUGUGCAUUGGGCGCAAGAGGCGGACCGGGCGGCGAUGCACAGAGGUGUUGAACGAGACAUGGAGAAGCAGCGUAUACGACAAGAACGCCAAGCCGAAUUCGAGUUGCAGAAGAGGUUGCAGGAAGAAUACCUGAAGCUUCAGACCGUUUCCAGCACGACCGGUGACAAAAGCCCAUCAGCACAACCAUCGAAUACGGGGACAUAA